UUCUUUUAUAUAAAACCCAAGCUACUCCAAAACACAAGCUACUCCGAAGCAAACGAAACUUGUUGAACAGAGAAAUUCCCUAGGAUAUUAAUAUUCCAAGAAAAGGAAACUCGAUCUAUCGAAACUCAGAAGGGACUUUUUUGUGACAGAAGCAAGCAUUUAUUGGUAUAGAACAAGAUGGCCGCCAAUUUGAAAUCUCGUUGCUCGAAGUGUGCGGAAAUGCAAAAGACCUACCUUAAAACGCUGGAAGAAAAGAGAGCUUUACUUGUCAAGCUGCAAAAUGAACAGGAACGUUGCAGGAGGUUCACUAGGGAGAAUGAAAUGCUGGAGACAAUACUACAAGACAUGACAAAUCGCUUGCCUACUGAGCAAAUAAACUCGUCUAACUCUGUUACAAGUGCAAACUCGAAUGAUUCACGCCUUGAGAGGCAGUUGGACGAGGCUUUAACAGUGAACAGAAAAUGGAGAGACGAGUAUGAACAAAUGUCAUCAAAACACAACCAAGAAAAAGAUGAAAUUCGAGAGGAGCUAAAUGAAACCAGACGGAAGCUAGAGGAAUCCAAAAGUCAUGUUCUAGCAUUAGAAACUGAGGUGAUGAGACUUGCAGAGGCCUUGAGAAAUAAAGGCAACCAAACAGCCCAAACACAUGUUAACAACGAAGACUUGGAUCACGUGAAAAUCCAGAUGCAACAAUUCAAGGAAGACUUCUCGUGUGAGAGAAGAGAUCGGGAGCGUGUCCAGAAAGAGAAAGAGUGCAUACAAGCAGAACUGGCAAAUGCCCAAGAGAUUAUAGCUACAUUGACUCAAGAGGUUGAGAUGUACAGGGAACAUUGCCUGAGAAUCCAAGAGGAGAACGCAGUAUUAAGGCGUCGACACUCAGCUCCAGUUCAAUCGCAGCCUCAACUCCAGAUUGUCUACCCUCUUAACGACCCUAUCAGACACCCUGAGUUGCGGCUGCAACAACAAAGACGAGGCGUGUUCACACGAGGACCAAUUAUUCCCCCUCCCAGCGCAUUUUACGGUGGAGAGGUGGAAACAGAUGUGACAGAUGGUGUGAGUGUCAUGUCGUCAAGUGACUCAGACAAACACCAUUCAAUAUAAUUCAUAAAUGGCGGGAACAAUAUAGUUACCAUAAGAUAUAAUGUGUCAAGAUCAGCCACUCAACGAGGGCCUCAUCAUUUGGGAAGAGCUCAACCUGAGAUGAAUUCAAUACUGGAGAUGUUUAUCUAUUGUUAUCCCAGUGUUCACUGAGAGUGCUCACUGCAUAUUACAAUACUAGAGUAAGACAGUGAAAGAGCAAGCUGAAUCAGAAUGUGUCCACAGACUUGUCCACGAUUUACUAUUUGCAAUUGAAAAAAUAUGACAUUCAAAAUGUGAAAGACAUACGGAAGUUCUGCCAUGGCUUUGACAAUUUAGCAAAAAGAAUCCAACAAAGAAAACCUAUAAUAAUGGGGAUUAUUCAAGGAACAUUAAAUACAGUAGAUACUUGGAACUAUUGGAGAUAUUUGGAAAUAUGUCUAAUUAUAUGUGUAUAUAAUAAUAUGUGUAAUUUUUUUGUAUAUAAUUUCAAGAAUUAAUAGUUGAGAUAUCAUUUUUGAAUAUUGUAAGUAACUAUUACACGAUGUUAAAAUACCCGUUCUGAUAUAGUUAACAUUGUUUUAUAUUUGAUGAUCCGUAGGGCUAAAAAUUGAAUAGCAAAUUGCUAGCGGAAGUUGAUCAUCUUUAGUUUCCGCGGGAAAUUAAAGCCUUGAAGUGAAAUGGCGCGCGACAUUCUCACUCAUUUUCCAUUCUGUCAUUUCUUUUAUCGUUACGAAUUUCCGCAAUGACAAUGAAGUAUUAAAGAUUAUUUAUUUGCA